UGAAAGAAAAGCACAAGAAGAAACUUUUAUGGGCAUUGUUGAUUUGACUACGGCGCCGAUCCCCGAAAUCACAGGAAAGAGCUGGAUGUUGGACCCAAGGCUAUGAGUGCAUCAUGCAAGUGCCCAUCACAGAGCUGCGCUCUAGUUCUGAUGGUCAGUCAUACAGAAGAAAGCCUUGAGCGGCUGGGUUUUGGAGAAUCCCUUCUAAAGAUCUAAAAAGUGCAAAAGGAGAAGUACAAAUGUCUACCACAAGACGAAAACGUAAUGUGUUAUGUUGUUUACCGUAAGCUGUAGUACAAUGAGCUCAAUUGUUGACAGAGAUGACAGUAGUAUUUUUGAUGGAUUGGUGGAAGAAGAUGACAAGGACAAAGCAAAAAGAGUAUCUAGAAACAAAUCUGAAAAGAAACGUAGAGAUCAAUUCAAUGUUCUCAUUAAAGAGCUGGGAUCUAUGCUUCCUGGUAACGCUAGAAAAAUGGACAAGUCCACUGUUCUGCAGAAGAGCAUUGACUUUUUACGCAAACAUAAAGAAAUCACUGCACAGUCAGAUGCUAGUGAAAUUCGACAGGACUGGAAACCUACAUUCCUUAGUAAUGAAGAGUUUACACAAUUAAUGUUAGAGGCUCUUGAUGGUUUUUUUUUAGCGAUCAUGACAGAUGGAAGUAUAAUAUAUGUAUCUGAGAGUGUAACUUCAUUACUUGAACAUUUACCAUCUGAUCUUGUGGAUCAAAGUAUAUUUAAUUUUAUCCCCGAGGGAGAACAUUCAGAGGUUUAUAAGAUACUCUCUACUCAUCUGCUGGAAAGUGACUCACUAACCCCUGAGUACUUAAAAUCAAAAAAUCAGUUAGAAUUCUGUUGUCACAUGCUUCGAGGAACAAUAGAUCCAAAGGAGCCAUCCACCUAUGAAUAUGUGAGAUUUAUAGGAAAUUUUAAAUCUUUAAACAGUGUAUCAACUUCAGCACACAAUGGUUUUGAAGGAACUAUACAACGCACACAUAGGCCUUCUUAUGAAGAUAGAGUUUGUUUUGUAGCUACUGUCAGGUUAGCUACACCUCAGUUCAUUAAGGAAAUGUGUACUGUUGAAGAACCUAAUGAAGAGUUUACAUCUAGACACAGUUUAGAAUGGAAGUUUCUAUUUCUGGAUCACAGGGCACCACCAAUAAUAGGCUAUUUGCCAUUUGAAGUUUUGGGAACAUCAGGCUAUGAUUACUAUCAUGUGGAUGACCUAGAAAAUCUGGCAAAAUGUCAUGAGCACUUAAUGCAGUAUGGGAAAGGCAAAUCAUGUUAUUAUAGGUUCCUCACCAAAGGACAGCAGUGGAUUUGGCUUCAAACUCACUAUUACAUCACUUACCAUCAGUGGAAUUCAAGGCCAGAGUUCAUUGUUUGUACUCACACUGUAGUAAGUUAUGCAGAAGUUAGGGCUGAAAGACGACGAGAACUCGGCAUUGAAGAAUCUCUUCCUGAAACAGCUGCUGACAAAAGCCAAGAUUCUGGGUCUGACAAUCGAAUAAAUACAGUCAGUCUCAAGGAAGCACUGGAAAGGUUUGAUCACAGCCCCACUCCAUCUGCCUCUUCUAGAAGCUCAAGAAAGUCAUCUCACACAGCAGUCUCAGACCCUUCCUCAACACCAACGAAGAUCCCUACUGAUACUAGCACUCCUCCCAGACAGCACUUGCCAACUCAUGAAAAGAUGACACAGCGGAGGUCAUCCUUCAGCAGUCAGUCCAUAAACUCCCAGUCUGUUGGUCCAUCAUUAACACAGCCAGUGAUGUCUCAAGCUGCAAAUUUACCAAUUCCACAAGGCAUGUCACAGUUCCAGUUUUCAGCUCAGUUAGGAGCCAUGCAGCAUCUAAAAGACCAGCUGGAGCAGCGGACACGGAUGAUAGAGGCAAACAUUCAUCGGCAACAAGAAGAGCUAAGGAAAAUUCAAGAACAGCUUCAGAUGGUUCAUGGCCAAGGGCUUCAGAUGUUUUUGCAACAGUCAAACUCUGGAUUGAAUUUUGGUUCCGUUCAACUUUCCUCUGGGAAUUCUAAUAUCCAGCAACUUACACCUAUAAAUAUGCAAAGCCAAGUCGUUUCUGCUAGCCAUAUUCAAAGUGGAAUGAAUACAGGACAUAUCACCACAAGCCAGCACAUGAUACAACAGACUUUACAAAGUACUUCAACUCAGCAGAGUCAACAGAGUGUCAUGAGUGGACACAGUCAGCAGACGUCCCUUCCGAACCAGACUCCGAGCACUCUCCCAGCCCCAUUGUACAAUACGAUGGUGAUUUCUCAGCCUGCAGCCGGGAGCAUGGUCCAGAUCCCAUCCAGUCUACCCCAGAACAGCACGCAGAGUGCUACGGUAACUACGUUCACUCAGGACAGACAGAUAAGAUUUUCUCAAGGUCAGCAACUUGUAACCAAAUUAGUGACUGCUCCUGUAGCUUGUGGGGCUGUCAUGGUACCAAGUACCAUGCUUAUGGGUCAGGUGGUGACUGCCUAUCCUACCUUUGCUACACAACAGCAGCAGGCACAGACAUUAUCUCAGCAGCAGCAGCAGCAGCAGCAACAGCAGCAGCAACAGCAGCAACAACAACAGCAGCAGCAGCAGCAGCAGCAGCAGAGCUCCCAGGAACAACAGCUUCCUUCAGUUCAGCAACCGUCUCAGGCUCAGCUGACCCAGCCACCACAGCAGUUUUUACAGACAUCCCGGUUGCUCCAUGGGAAUCCUUCAACUCAGCUCAUCCUUUCUGCUGCCUUCCCACUACAACAGAGCCCUUUCCCUCCGUCACCACAUCACCAGCAACACCAGCCUCAGCAGCAACAGCAGCUUAGUCGGCACAGGACUGACAGCCUGACUGACCCUUCCAAGGUCCAGCCACAGUAGCACACACACUUUCUCUCUGACACUAGAGAGGAAGGGGAUGGCCAGAAAGCUACUUGGAUAACAUGUGGUUUAGCAGUUCUGUGAGGGUGGUAGUGAGUGUUCCAGUUUCUGGAUUAGUUGGUAGGGAAAUGCUGCCUAGUGCUACAGAUGUACAUUAAAUACCAGCCAGUGGGAGACGAUUAUAGGGACACAGCCAAUUCUGACAGUUUCUUUGCCCAGAUAUAUUUUUUUUUUUUGAUGGAGAAAGAGUAUAUUGCCAAAUGUUAACAAGCUCAACUAUCAUGACCUUUACUGAAUCUGAAAAGCACUAACAAUGUUGGUAGCUUUAGUGGUUCUGUGCCUGGUACCAAAUGUUACAGAGAACACACCACUGCCAGGGGUUUGCUUAGAUUGCCAUGAAGAUAGUUCAGUAGUUAGUAGUCCCCACCCCCAACUCCCCACCCUGUUCAGAUCAUGAUGGAACAGUGAUUACUUUCAGAAUGUUGUGCAGGUUUGAAUUUUUAUGUAUAGAUGCUAUAUAGAUGUAUAUGUGUCUGGACAGACAGACGGAGAGAAAGCAAACUUUGUGUACACAGCUUGAAAGCAUUAUCUGUCCCUUACAGGUAUGAGUACAUUUCAUUAUAUUUUGACACCAUGUACAAACUGGUAACAGCCUCUCUUUCAUUUUGUUUACAGCAUAAUAGUGUUCUAGUCACUUUUUCCAGGGCACAAGUCUUUUUGUUCGUGCUUUGGCUGUGAUGUCACAGUUUGUUCAGUGAGGUAUAAUGUGCUGCUGGGAAUGGAUUUUUUUUUUUCAGGUUAAAUUAUUGCUACAUUUCCAUUUAUUCAGAAAUAUCCCUUAUUUCAUUUUUUUCAAUUAUGUUUGAAAAUAGAAUUGCACUGCUUUAUUUUAGAUGGUUGGUUGAGAGUUUGAUCACAUAUUUUGAUAUAUUUCAUAGUUGGAAUAUUUAUGUAAAUGGUUUUCAACAAGCCUGAAAGUGAUUUCAAGAAUGUUUCAGUUAUAAGAGUAAAAUUUGCACACAAAACAUUUUAGGCACUUUUUAACAUUCUCAGUGGUGGGAAUUUUAACUUUUAGGAUUUGUUGGAAUCUUUUUUAUUAUCCUUAAAAAUUUCAAUGCUUCUUUUAGUCAAAAUGAUUCAGGGUUUUUGAGGGGGGGGAACCCAUAGUGCCUUGAUUUUAAUUCAGGUGAUAACUCACCGUCUUGAAUUUAUUGUCUGGUUUCAGUAGCAGUUUUGAAACCUUAGUACAUUUUUAGCAGCAUGUGGGUCUCAGUGUCAUUCUCAAGUUCCCAUGAAGACUGCUGCAUCUCUUGGACCACCCUAACAGCUAUCACAGUUGUUAAUGUGAUCCCAAAAUUGUUUCCAAAUUAGUAUCUUCCUUUAAAGCAAAGUAGUCAGUCCUUUAAGAAUUGCCAGUAAAUACUUUCUCAGAGUAAGGGGGUAGAAAUAGUCUAACUUUCAUUGAAACACUAGAAUAUUGUAACUCACAUACUUUCUAAAUAUGAAUUAAGAUUUCAUCUGGCAAUAUCAUACUCUAUAGGUAAUAAACUCCAACAAAGUUACAUGUAUUUUAAAAAGCAUUUUUUUUUUUAGAUUUUUAUGGUACUAAUAAUGAAAUUUGCAUUAUGGAACAAAAGUUGAAAAUAGAAUAUAAAACAUUACUGAGGAAAGGGAAGACAAGUGUGACAAAUUAGAAUUGACCUUAAAGUGUGUAAGGGGUGAGGCUGCUCAACAGAGGUUUGCAGUGGUGAAUAUCACCUAAUGCAAACUUGCUAGGUAAGGGCUCUGGGGAACGAGGAGUCAGUAAUCUGUCCUCAGCUUUGUUGUCAUCCUUAAGUGUGUCUGUUUUCCUGUUUACCUGGCUGCAGUUAAGUUAGAACGUUAGUGGUGAAAAAGAAAACAACCAAAGAAAAUUGGUACCUGCCCUUCUGCAAAAGAAGUGUGGCUAGAUACCAGUCAGUAACUAACAUAUCACGGAGUUCUAAUGGCUGGCAUUCAUAUGAAUACCCUGAAGAGUUUUGAGAAUACAUACAUAUGCAAGCUUAUACACACAUGAUGAAAUUGAUGUAAAAUAGAGCACCCACAUUGCUUUUCUCCCCUUCCAAAUUGCCUUCUUGAUCUUAUGCCAUUCCAUGUCAUCUGAGUUGUGCCUCAUUCAUUUUUUGGCAAUACCUAGUGCUAAGGAUUUAGCUAACAGGAGAGGCAACGUGCUAAUUAUGUAAUUCCUGUUGUUCUUCACAGUUCAUUUUCCUGCUUAAAAGCAGCUGAUAAAGGAGCACCUAGCCGCUGACUUGGCUGUCCACAUGGAGAGCUGUGCUAGGCAACACUUGGCAGCGUCAGCUGCCUCUCAGCUCCUUAAUUCUUGGUUUCUUUGGAUGGCAAACUGUUCUUGUCUGCUUCCUACAGACUUACCCAUUCUGAUGAAGAUUCAUCUGUUGCCAUUCUUCAUUUCUAUAGCCAAAGUUGUUGACUGAAACCCCAAAUCUAAAUCAUGAAAAGAUACCAAAUAGAAACACUUCUCAGCUUCUUAUAAACCUUAAUGUCCCCUGCUCUAUUUCAUGGGGACUCAUUUUUCUUUAAAAUUUUAAUUCUGGGCAGCACUUUUUAGGUAAGAAAUUGUUAGGGUGAGGGUCAAGUAGGUUCUCGUUGCCCUGCAGGUACCUUGCUCUGGGCUGCUUUUGCAUGGAGUAUUGCUGAUUGUAUGGAAUGAGAACAGUAAAGCACAAAGCUGCUCUUGAGGCUGGCUUUAAACCAGAGUGCAGACAUUGGAAAGUAUUCUUUUUUUUUCCUUAGAGUAGUAAUGGGGGGGGAUGGGGGAAGGGAACAGAUGUGGUAGGUGGAGCUGCAUGCAAAUGAGCACUACAGGCCCUUCCCCCCAAGCUCCAUCCUAAAUAUAGGGUAGCUUUAGAGUGCUGUGCUCUGCUAUCACAUAGACAUGACUUAGGAAUGUACUACUAAUAAAAGAACACCACCAGUGAUUUUGAAUAGUUUGUGAUAGAAAACUCUGUGCAAACUAGUAAGUGUUUGAAUUCUGUUUUCUGUGGUUGGUUGGUCAUUGCCUUAACGCAGUCUCUUGAAGCUUAGAGCACUGAAACAGUCCAGCUGCAUAAAGGGCAUCGUGUUGAGGAAGAUGAGCCCUUGUUCUGGCCUUAGAAAGAGACCCUUUCUUAAAGUAAACUACAGAGGUAGAUUCUUUUCCCUUGGAUAUUACUGUGUGUUAAAAUGUUUCCACUAUGUUGAGGCUUUUUUUUUUUUUAAAGUGGAACGCAGAUAGCAUUUUUAGUAUUUCUUUUUUCUGUUUCUUUGGUGAUUAAAGGUUUGUUGGUAAACAUUUGUGUAAAACUUGUUCAAGCCUAUCACCUUUCCAGUACCUGUGGGCCUGUUCUUAGCACCACGGAGUCCACAUUAGAAGGUAUAAACACUGGAUAUUAAUAUUGCUGAGGGUAUAUAGCCAGGAUUGAGCUGACUGGAACUUUUCAGUGGUGGAGAAGGAACAGCACAAAGGCACUUGCCGUUUUCAUAGUGAUUAGAGAAAAACCUUUUAAGUGUGUCUGGACUGAGUGAACACUCUUCUAAGAGGAGCUUGUGAAGUAAAUGCAAAGGAAAAGAGUUGACUAUUUUUAUAGCAUAUUUAAUAUAUUUGUAUAUAACUAUGAGUGUAGUAGGAACCCUCCACCUGUCUCCCACUUUUCUAGUCCCUCUCCCCCUUUUGCCAUAGCCCUAGUACAGCCUCAUCCGCAUGGGUAAUGUGCCUAUUGUCAGCCUACCUACCAAAAGAUAGAGCUGCUGCUUUCUGAGACAGGUGAGAUGAGACUCUCAUGCCUGGGGAUCCUUUAUGGGAGGAAUAGCACACACUUAAAACAACAUACCACAGUCUAAAAGCAUCAUUUGAAAGGUAAUAAGCACUUUAUUGCAACUAUUCAUUUAGAUAAUGUUUGUAUCUUAGGCAUUAACCAUUUUUAAAGGAUCCCCUAAUCAUCACUUAGGUGAAUUUAUAAAUGACACAUUUCUGAGAAAUGUUUAGAGCCAGUGAACCGUAGCAGGUUUAUGGGAGUGAUUUCAAGGUAGCCAAAUAAACUCUGACUUUUGUUUUGAAUGUGGUGGGAUUGGGAGAUUGUAGAUGCGUAGUUCCAUUUAAACACUAUUGUAAACCUAUCUUGCCUAUUGUGUGGACACCAAAAGAGACCAAUGAGCCUGUUUCUUUUCAGAGGUCUAGGAAUAUGCAUCUGUCUGAGUAGACAUACAGAACUAAUCUAUAAACAGUUGGUAGUAAUAUUUUAGGAUACAGUAAUUUCAAGAAUUUUUGAGUGUUUUAAAUGUGCCCUGAAAUGUUGGCAUGUCAUUUCAGCGUUCCCAUUUGAGUUGCUCUUGUAAUAUUUUUGCACAAAAAGGACUGAGAAAAGACUGCUUUGGUUGAAAACUAUAAUUUGGUCUUAUCUUAAUGUCUCCUGUGGGAACACUGGAGGUAAAUUUUGCUGGUAUAGUUACUAAUUCAGGAUAUUUAAAACAGUGUUGAACAGCUCACCAGAAAUUAAGCAAACUUAUAUAUUUAAAAAUUAAAAAUCUUUUUUUCCACGUGACUGUUUUGCAUAUUUUUUUCCGUUGCCAUGCACUACAUUCCUUGUUUUCCUGAAACAAUACUUUGAAAGAUGGAGUGUUUAAUGAUACUUUCUAAGUUGCCUGGGUUUUCCCGGGAAAAUAUCUAGUGAACUAGGUUGUAGUUGUACAUAGUUUGUGGAGACUAUUGAGAUCCCAUCAACAACACCAGCAAACCCUGAGGUGCUGACCUAAUUGACAAUCACAAUAGUAAGUAUUUAUAGAAGUGGCUGGAAGGAACACUUGUUCCCAAUGAGGUUCUCUGGGUUUCCUAAAUAAAAUGGCUGUGUAUUAAUUUA